GCAUUGGAUUAUUGUUUCUUUACUCUUGGGCGGAUGAAUAAAAUAGCGUUCCUUUUGAAUCUCACAGAUCUAUCGCCAUUGUUGCUUUCUUCAGUCCUUGCUUCCGCAAACUCGCGUUAAGUAGGGUAUGUUUAUGGGUGUUUAGUGAAAUUGUUUUUAGGGUAAAAGCUCUCAGUUUUGUUGAAAAAAUGGAAGCUGAGGAUGUGCUUGACCUACCAGCCUUAGGCAAUUCUGGUUUGGAAGUACAGAAAAAUGGCCUUGAAUCUGGGAAUAGGUCACCUGAGGCUAAUCAUUUAGUUGGUAUCGAGGAGAACGUGAUAAGAAAUUUAGAUACGGAGAGAGAUUUGGAUAUAAUGGAAGAGAGUUUGAGAGCUGUAACAGAGCAGGUUAGUGACGUUUUCAAUGCGAGUGUUGAAAGUGUGUCGGUAGACGAGAAAGUUUGUAUCCAAAAGGAGACAAUAGUUCACUGCGCUACUUUGGAUGUUAGUUACUCGAUGUCUGUGAUUAUGGAUGUUUUUCUGUUUUUCCUUUACUCCAUAAUGACAGCUAAAUCGGGUGUUAAAAGACCAAGAACAACGUGUGACGAACAGCAACCUACAGUCCAUGUUACUUAUCAGCACUUAACGAGAGCUAGUAAGCAGAAGCUGGAAAGUUUAUUACAGCAAUGGUCAGAAUGGGAGGCAGAAUAUACUUCAGUGGCUCAGGAUCAAAAACAACCAUUAGAAUCUGGUGAAGAGACGUUUUUUCCGGCCUUACGUGUUGGAUUGCAGAAGACUUCGUCUGUGUCUUUCUGGAUCGAUAACCAAACUGGUCCUAAGCCGUUGGAAGAGUUUGUUCUAGUGGAAAGUAGCACCACCCCUCUUUAUGACCGUAAAUUUUCACUCGGUCAGAAUUCAGCAGAUGGAUCAAAUAACUUGGAAGGGGGGUUGGAGAUUAUUGAUGAUCCUCCACGUUGCUUCAAUUGUGGCGGCUAUAGCCAUUCUUUGAGAGAAUGUCCAAAGCCUUUUGAUCGAUCAGCGGUUAAUAGUGCCCGGAAGCUUCAGAAAUCCAAACGAAAUCAGAACAGUGGAUCUCGUCUACCUUCGCGGUAUUAUCAAAAACUUCAAACUGGGAAGUACGAUGGCUUGAAACCCGGCACACUUGAUGCAGAGACACGUCAACUUCUGAAUCUUGGGGAACUAGACCCUCCUCCAUGGCUUAACCGGAUGCGAGAGAUUGGAUACCCUCCGGGUUACUUAGCUCCAGAAGAUGAUCAUUUGUCUGGAAUCACUAUAUUUGGAGAAGAGGAAGAGGAGGAGAGUCGUGAGGAACUAGAGAGUGAGGACGGGGAGAUAUUGGAGAAAGGAACCCCUCCAGAGCCACAGAUGAAAAUGACAGUGGAGUUCCCAGGAAUCAACGCUCCAUUACCGGAAAACGCAGAUGACUGGCUUUGGGAAGCCGCACCUUCAUAUAGGAGCAGCAGAAGCAACAACAGAUCAUGGCAUCAGAAAAGAACAAGCAGAGGACAUGAUUAUAGAGACGAUGAUCAGCUCGGUUUUGAAUCAUCGAGUUAUCCACCGAGGUAUGGUAGUAGAAUUAAUUAUGGGUAUGGCUCGAAAGAUUAUCGUUCUAGAUCAAGAAGCCCAGGCAUCGAAAGAAGUAAGAAGGAUUAUUCUUAUGAUCCUGAUUUUCGAGACAGAGACAGGGGCAGAAACAGAGAUAGGAACAGGGACUGGGAUAGGGACAGGGACAUAGAUAGGGAUAGGGAUAGGGACAGAGACUGGGAACGGGACAGAGACUUGGAUAGGGACUGGGACAGGGAUGAUCGUGACUGGUCUAAUAGGUUAAGCAGCAGAAGAUGAAUGUGUGAGAUUGUAGUUGUGUAUGUGUUGUGAUGUUAGAGGUUUAGGGUUUCAUUUUCUACUCUCUUUCCAUCUUUGUCUCCGUAAGUUGGAUCUGUUUGUUGUAUCAUGUCCAUAAAAGUGGAAGCUUUUUUGUUGUUCAGGCUUUGGAUUUUAUACGUUUAGAUUUAGUUUGGGAGAAGAUAUUAUGAGACUUGUAUGAAUGGCUUUUUUUUGUUUCCUCAUGGAAAUGUUUUUAUCAUAUUUUGGAUGUCUUAACAUACUAAAUCGGUGUAUUCAUCAAUUGUGUGAAAUGGUAGAAAAAUUGAUACAAAA